GUGCUACGCAGGCGCAAAUUGACCUUUCGGUUGAAGAACCCGUCGGUCACAUGUGAGUGUCGAUAAAUAUCUUAGUUUUAUCGUGUUCCUUCAUUUCAUAAUUAAAAUUAAUAUUUUCAUCACACCUCACCGUAAACUAAUCCGCACACAAUGGGUGACAUUGAGGACACACACUUUGAGACCGGAGACUCCGGAGCCUCCGCCACCUUCCCCAUGCAAUGCUCAGCCCUCCGCAAAAACGGAUUUGUGAUGCUCAAGGGACGUCCCUGCAAGAUAGUUGAAAUGUCCACCUCAAAGACCGGCAAACACGGUCACGCCAAAGUCCAUCUUGUGGGCAUUGAUAUAUUUAAUGGAAAGAAAUACGAGGAUAUCUGCCCGUCCACGCACAACAUGGACGUGCCUCACGUGAAGCGCGAGGACUAUCAGCUGACCGACAUAUCGGACGACGGCUACCUCACGCUGAUGGCCGACAACGGCGACCUGCGCGAGGACCUCAAGAUACCCGACGGGGACCUCGGCACGCAGCUGCGCGCCGACUUCGACAGCGGCAAGGAGCUGCUGUGCACUGUGCUCAAGUCCUGCGGCGAAGAAUGCGUGAUUGCGGUGAAGGCAAACACAGCUCUCGACAAAUAAACCAACACAGCAUUUAUAGGGAUUAUAACAUAUAAUUUUUUACAAUCAACAACUCUUACAUACAUGUAAAACAUAAUAUUAUGUAUAAUUUAACAUAGAGAUACAGCGGUCCGACGCGCUUGCGAACCGUACGCGAUCAAAUUCAUUUAGCCUAAUCUCCGCUUGCGAAACUGACUUUUAACGAAAACUCUGGUACUUAUGGAUGGAACAUGGAUAGUGCAAGUUUUCGCUAGGAGCCGGGCUCCGGGCUCCGGGCUCCGGGCCCCGGGCCCACAUCGCUCGCGAGCAGGCGCGUCGCCGCUCCGGAACUUCAUGUUUGUUUUGUUUUGUUUCGUGUCUUUCGCUUGACGUUAACGUUACGUUGCGCACGGCGGUAUCCCGUGGAUAUUAUUGUUUAUAGCUGUUUAAUCUUACGGAAGGAUAGACGCAAACUUGAAGUUAUUACCAUACUUUAAUGCUAAAUUAAUAUACAUAAACGUAAAAAGAGAAAAUCCAAAAAAAAAUAGAAAUAAAGGAAAAUUCUUGAAUGUGGUGUGUGAUUGAUUGGUCCUUUACUCGAAGCGAGAUCGUCCCUUUUGGAUAACACUUGCCACCUCUAUAAAUUUUUUAUACUCAUCCGAACAGAAAAUAAUUUUGUAUCUGUGACGAGACUGACCACUGUCACUCCUUCAGCAAAGACUGAAAUGCAUUUUUAGAUUUGGAAAUAGUUUUGUACGUCUAGCUAAGCUUGGCCUUCCUUCUGCAGCCGUUCCCUGGCAAGUGUUGCCUUCAAGGGCUUAGGGUACUCUAGCGUGUAUUCCAACAUCUAUUGUCAAAGACGAAAUUAAUGUAAGAAUGUAAGGUAAGGCCCUAUGAGAGAUAUUUUUUUAUGCAUUCAAUUUCAUCGCAUUUUAGUCGAUCCGUUAUAAAAGCGGACACUUCACCGAUUUCAGCGAAUUGUACAUUUUGUCGAAAUUGCAUAAUCGUUAUUGUUGGUUAUUUUUUAUACUAGCAGCUUGUAAUCAGGUUUUUUAAUGAAGUCGCAUCUUCUAAAGUAUUUGUAAAGGCAUCGGGUGGUGUAAAAUAAAAUACUUUAGUUCAAAACGAUACUUUUUUUGGGAACUAAUUCUCGAUAUCCUGUUGUGAGUAUGAAGUAUUGUUUGCAUCAAUUCAAUGUUUUUAUAAUAAACUUACCGUUUUUAUGAAAAUCGGUAUUUAUCUCUGUGCACAUGGUUAUAAGGUAAGGUAUAAAUUAUUGCACUCGAUAAGCGUAAAUACGCAGAGACCAUGUGAACGAACCGAUGAAAUGCGUUAAUUUUAACUUGAAUUAUAAUGGGCGCGGGAAGGUUCUAAUAUCUGUGAGACGGUGAUUAGUUCUAUGGGUUUGUACAUACGUAAGAUUAGUAAACAGUUCAAUAAUCAAUUCUGCAAUUUUCUACGUGUUGUUUUUGUCGAUGUCAAACAAUACCGAAUUACAUAGUAACGCUAAAUGUGAACGCAGUAAUAAUUCAUAAGUAUUUAACGGUCUGUCGAAUUAAAUCUGUACAAAAUGAA